AUGACCCUGUUUCGCUUCGUCUUUGUGCCCGUCUUUGUGCCCGUCUUUUCUCCGGCGACAUGUCUCAUCACUACUCACCCCCCCCCUCCUCCACCUACAGACCCCUCUCCUCCUCCUCCUCCAACUGCAGACUCAUCCCCCUCCUCCACCUGCAGACCCCCCCCUCCUCCACCUGCAGACCCCUCUCCUCCUCCUCCUCCUCCUCCUCCUCCAACUGCAGACUCAUCCCCCUCCUCCACCUGCAGACCCCUCUCCUCCUCCUCCAACUGCAGACUCAUCCCCCUCCUCCACCUGCAGACCCCUCUCCUCCUCCUCCAACUGCAGACUCAUCCCCCUCCUCCACCUGCAUACCCCUCUCCUCCUCCUCCUCCUCCAACUGCAGACUCACCCCCUCCUCCACCUGCAGACCCACCCCCCUCCUCCACCUGCAGACCCCUCUCCUCCUCCUCCAACUGCAGACUCACCCCCUCCUCCACCUGCAGACCCCUCUCCUCCUCCUCCAACUGCAGACUCACCCCCCUCCUCCACCUGCAGACCCCUCUCCUCCUCCUCCUCCUCCAACUGCAGACUCACCCCCUCCUCCACCUGCAGACCCACCCCCCUCCUCCACCUGCAGACCCCUCUCCUCCUCCUCCAACUGCAGACUCACCCCCUCCUCCACCUGCAGACCCCUCUCCUCCUCCUCCAACUGCAGACUCACCCCCUCCUCCACCUGCAGACCCCUCCUCCUCCUCCAACUGCAGACUCACCCCCUCCUCCACCUGCAGACCCCUCUCCUCCUCCUCCUCCAACUGUAGACUCAUCCCCCUCCUCCACCUGCAGACCUCUCCUCCUCCUCCUCCAACUGCAGACUCAUCCCCCUCCUCCACCUGCAGACCCUCUCCUCCUCCUCCAACUGCAGACUCAUCCCCCUCCUCCACCUGCAUACCCCUCUCCUCCUCCUCCUCCUCCAACUGCAGACUCACCCCCCUCCUCCACCUGCAGACCCCUCCUCCUCCUCCUCCAACUGCAGACUCACCCCCCUCCUCCACCUGCAGACCUCUCCUCCUCCUCCUCCAACUGCAGACUCAUCCCCCUCCUCCACCUGCAGACCCCUCUCCUCCUCCUCCAACUGCAGACUCAUCCCCCUCCUCCACCUGCAUACCCCUCUCCUCCUCCUCCUCCUCCAACUGCAGACUCAUCCCCCUCCUCCACCUACUCAUCCUCCUCCUCCAACUGCAGACUCACCCCCCUCCUCCACCUGCAGACCCUCUCCUCCUCCUCCUCCAACUGCAGACUCAUCCCCCUCCUCCACCUGCAGACCCCUCUCCUCCUCCUCCAACUGCAGACUCAUCCCCCUCCUCCACCUGCAUACCCCUCUCCUCCUCCUCCUCCUCCAACUGCAGACUCAUCCCCCUCCUCCACCUGCAGACCCCUCUCCUCCUCCUCCAACUGCAGACUCAUCCCCCUCCUCCACCUGCAUACCCCUCUCCUCCUCCUCCUCCUCCAACUGCAGACUCACCCCCCUCCUCCACCUGCAGACCCCUCUCCUCCUCCUCCAACUGCAGACUCACCCCCCUCCUCCACCUGCAGACCCCAUCUCCUCCUCCUCCAACUGCAGACUCAUCCCCCUCCUCCACCUGCAGACCCCUCUCCUCCUCCUCCUUCUCCAACUGCAGACUCAUCCCCCUCCUCUACCUGCAGACCCUCUCCUCCUCCUCCUCCAACUGCAGACUCACCCCCCUCCUCCACCUGCAGACCCCUCCUCCUCCUCCAACUGCAGACUCAUCCCCCUCCUCCACCUGCAGACUCCUCUCCUCCUCCUCCAACUGCAGACCCCACUGCUCCUCCAGCUGCUCACUGCUCACCUCAUGCAUCUGCUGA